AACCCCACCCGCUCCUCCCCCAACCCUAUCUCAAAUCCUUCUCUUUCUCCCCCACGCUACACAGCACACACUCUCCACCCACCACUAUAACAUACCUACCUUCACCAUUUGCUGUUAACAAUGCCCAGGAAGAGGAAGUCCACAUCGGGGAAGAAGGAUGAGGCGGCGUUGGGAGACGACGGGAGGUCCAAAAAGCGAAUCUCAUCCACCGCGCUGGAUUCUGGUGGAGAUUUUGUGGAGGACAAGAAGGUGGAGGAGAUAUUAGAGAGUGGUCACUGUGAGAGUGCGUUUAAAUUGUCUGAUGUGGUGGACGGGAGUGAUGAGAAGAAGAAGAGUCCGGGUCGGAAAGGUAGGAGGAAUGAAGAGGAGGAAGAGGAAGGAGAUGCUCGUUUUUUGGGUAAACCGGUUCCCGAGGAGGAAGCUCGGAAGCGAUGGCCUCAUCGGUACCUGAAAAACCAAUCGGAAACAAUUCAAGCCAGAUGCCACUUUGUUCAAGCAGAAGUUGAUGGACAGGUUUUCUUCCUGGAAGAUGAUUCUUAUGUCAAGGCUGAGGAAGGGAAGGAAAAUUACAUUUGUAAGAUUAUAGAGCUUUUCCAAGCUGUUGACGGCUCACAAAAUUUCACAGCUCAAUGGUAUUACAGGGCCAGUGAUACGGUUAUAAAAAAUUGUGGUAAUCUCAUAGACCACAAGCGUGUAUUCUUUUCUGAGAUUAAGGAUGACAAUCCACUUGAUUGUCUUGUAAAGAAACUUAAAAUUGUACCUUUACCUUUAAAGGCUGAAUCUGAUGCGACAGAAAAGCUCAGAUCAAAAUGUGACUAUUACUAUGAUAAAAUGUACUUGCUUCCAUAUUCUUCUUUUGUAAGCUUACAACGAGAUAGCACUACUAAUAGCAAUGAAUCUGGUUCCACUAUCUCUAGUGAUGCUGAUGCUGUAACAGUUGGUUUUUCUGAACUGGAGGAGGCCACUGGUGAGAGAAUGCUGCUUGACCUGUACUCUGGAUGUGGUGCGAUGUCUACUGGGCUUUGCCUUGGUGCUAACAGCUGUGGUGUUAAACUUGUUACUAAAUGGGCUGUGGAUAUAAACCAGUAUGCUUGUGAAAGCCUCAAACUAAAUCAUCCAGAGACACAGGUGAGAAAUGAAUCUGCAGAGAAUUUCCUGCAUCUUCUAAAGGAAUGGGAGAAGCUUUGUGCUUCCCUUUUAUCAUCUGAAAACAAUGGUUCGUCUGAUGAACAUGGAAAAAUGAAUGAGAGGAAAGACAAUGAAGGUGACUGCAAUGUUGACGACGACGAUGAUGCUGGUGAGGAAGACUCUGAAGUCUUUGAAGUUGAAGAGAUACUGGCAAUUUGUUAUGGUGAUCCUAAUAAAAAUGGAAAUGCUAAACUGCAUUUCAAGAUUCGCUGGAAAGGUUAUGGGCCUGAGGAAGAUACUUGGGAGCCUUUGGAGGGUUUGAGUACUUGCCAAGAGAAGUUGAAGGAUUUUGUGUCAAGAGGCUACAAGUUGAAGAUUUUGCCGUUACCUGGGACUGUUGAUGUCUUAUGUGGGGGGCCGCCAUGCCAAGGCAUAAGUGGAUUCAAUAGGUUCAGGAAUAAAGAUGCACCUCUUGAAGAUCCAAAAAAUAAACAAUUGGUUGUUUUCAUGGAUAUUGUGGCCUAUUUGAAGCCAAAGUUUGUGCUGAUGGAGAAUGUUGUUGACAUUGUGAAGUUUGCUGGUGGUUUUCUUGGUCGAUAUGCACUAGGCCGUCUUGUUGCAAAUGGUUAUCAGGCAAGGAUGGGGAUGAUGGCAGCUGGGGCUUAUGGAUUGCCCCAAUUUCGCAUGCGAAUGUUCAUGUGGGGCGCGUUGCCCACUGAGAGGUUACCCCAAUAUCCACUGCCUACACAUAAUGUUGUAGUCAGAGGCGUUAUUCCCACUGAGUUUGAGUCAAACACGGUUGCAUUUGAUGAAGGCCGUGAAGUCAAUCUAAAAAAGGAACUUUUUCUUGGUGAUGCAUUAUCUGACCUUCCUCAUGUUGAGAACAACGAGGAACGAGAUGAGAUGCCUUAUGAUUCUGAGCCCCAAACAGAAUUCCAACGCUUCAUAAGACUGCGAAGGGAUGAAAUGCCGGGAUGCUUGAAAGUCAACUCCGAAGUGUCAGAACAUUGUUUGUUUGACCAUCGCCCGCUUCUUCUAAAUCAGGAUGAUUAUGAGCGUGUUUGUCAAAUCCCCAAGAGAAAGGGUGCAAACUUUAGGGAUUUGCCUGGUGUUAGAGUCCGUGCUGAUAACAAGGUUGAGUGGGAUCCUGAUGUAGAAAGAAUAAGGCUCACUUCUGGGAAGCCUCUGGUCCCUGAUUAUGCUAUGAGUUUUGUUGGAGGAAGUUCAUCAAAGCCAUUUGGGCGUUUGUGGUGGGAUGAAACUGUGCCUACUGUUGUGACUCGGGCAGAACCUCAUAAUCAGGCUAUUUUGCACCCGCUUCAAGAUAGAGUUCUCACAAUUCGUGAGAAUGCUCGGCUGCAAGGAUUUCCAGAUUACUAUAAACUUGUUGGCCCAAUAAAAGAAAGAUACAUUCAAGUGGGAAAUGCAGUUGCUGUGCCAGUGGCUCGAGCAUUGGGUUAUUCUUUAGCUUUGGCAUUAAGAGGAUUAUCAGGGGAUGGACCAUUGCUCACCCUUCCUGAGGAUUAUCCCUUGAUGAGAGACGUUCCUUCCCCCACAAUUGUGAUGAUAUGAUGAUGGAUGCAUAUUUACUAAUUGUUCCAGUGUAACUCCCAUCGAGCGGCUGAUGCUAGGGGUGGAGUCUUAGAAAUUAUAUUCGAUCUUUACGCGAGACAUUAAUUUAUUUCAUGAAUCCUUUUCUUGUUUGUGUAUCAUUUAGUUGUCAAAAUACUCAUUUGAUCAAGAGCAUAAUGCUCUGUAUUCAUUUGGAGCAGAAUUAAACCUGGCCAUUUCCAUGUCCAAAAUUAGGUAUCUUCUUGUUUGUCUUUAGUGAAUGUUGAUUUUGUAGUUCUGGUACUGCAAAUUUGGUGAAACUUUUAUC